CUGGACGAUUGCCCUUCUCUUUUCUUGAUCAUCCUUGUGAAGUUAUGGCAUAGUAUGCGUCGUCUUCUACAAUAGUAAGUCCCUGUAGUCGCAGUCAUGAUUCUUGAUACUGUAGCAAUUUAUUUUCUACAGUAUGGUCUAUAUACUUUUAUGCAGCAGCCAGAGUAUGUGCAGUAUCCUUGUGGAAACCACCACACCCCUCACAAACAGUUGUCACCGAAAAAAUACUGUGCUUCGGGUUAUGUCCAACAGAUACGCCAGAGCUUCAUAUGGUCUUUCUGACAUAGGCGACGGGUCCAACAUAGUGGUGCCUUGCUUGCAAAACGAAGUAAAUGGCCGCCAACACCAACACACCGCCAUACACUGCAAUAGCCCAGUUCAUCCCGAUCGGCUCCGGGUUCGGCAUCGAUGGGAAGAACACAAAGAUAUAGACGAUGAAGCAGAAGAGCAGAGAGGCAAUAUUGAUGGGGAGACCGAACUUGCCCAGCGAAAAUUUGGACGGAAGUAACGGAUGCCCACGGAUGCGUUUCCAGGUGAUCGUGCCGAUGGAAACCAUGUAAGAUGUGAGGAGAGCGACUGUCCCAAUUGACAUGAUGAUGUUGAAUGCAACUGCGGAGCCGAUGUAGAUGCAGUGGAACACACACGCCCAGACGACGGAGACGAUAAGCGCGUUUACCGGGACAUCGUACCCAGGUGGAACCCGGGCAAUCAAGUGAUGGUAGGGGACUCCUUUGUCACGAGCAAAAGAAAACAUCUGUCGGGAUGAGCCAGCCAUCGUGGUCAGGUUGGAGCAGAUGUUGAGGAUGAUGAUGAUGAUGGUCAAGCCCGUCGCUCCACCUGCAGAUCCUGUGGCGGUGUAAAAGACCUGUAUGAUGGGGUAUCCGGUUGCUGAGGCGAUGUCCUCAUCAAGGUCACCGAGGGUGUAUAGGAAUGUUCUGCUGAUUGUUAACACGACCGGGUUGGGAACGUGGGAAGGAAGAAUACUCACACUAGCAUUACGAAGCCAAGGGCACCGUUGACGAUGAUUGUACCGAUCAUGGCCCGGGGCAACAUUUUGGACGAGUUUUUCAACUCCUCGGCCAUGUGUGCGGCAGCAUCGCCACCGACCAGGGAACCAGCAGAGGUAAUCAGACCGAUCAAGCAGGCAAGUCCCACUAUGGAAAGUUAACAUCGACAGACGCAGAGGGGAAUGACCAGAUCAAAGGCUUACCACUUCCCCAGUCAUUGAGGUCUGUGAAUGAAGUCCAUACUUCUGAACUCGAAGUCCGCGGAGCCAUCACCCAGAGCGGGACCAUGAUGGCCACAAACCCAGCGAUAUGAAGGACCAAAAUCAUACCCUCGACCAGAGGCAAAUGCUUGGCCAGAAAGAUAUUGAAGAAGGCCACACAGAUGGUGAUGAGCAUUGCGAUCAAUGUCCCAUGCCAUCUCUGAGGCACAUAUGAAUUCGGGUUGUUCAAAAUUAUGAGACCCUGGAUCAGGGUGCCAGAGACAUAUGCGCCGAUGGUCGUACCUGUCUGGUAGCCGAGGAUACCCAGCCAACCGAUGAAGUAUGACAGGACCUUCUGCACAUUGGGAGGUGCGAAUUCAGACACCCAGUGGUAUUGGCCGCCUGAAACAAAAUCAGUGUCAGGUUAUCAGCUGUCGACUCAGAGGCAGAUCUUACCUGAAGUCGGUGCCAUUGAGGCCAUCUCCCCCAUCGAGACUCCAACCAGAAGAAAACCAAUCCAUCCGGCGACGAAGGUCCAAAUCAGCCCUCCGGGACCGCCGUUUCCCAACCCGAAUGCCACGGUUGUCAAAAUCGUCUCCCAGGUGUUCAUGAUAAUGAGGGCGAAUCCGAGAAUCGACACAAAGCUGAAGUUGCGCUGUGGAGGGCUUAGCCAGGUGUCCCUUUGCCCCAAAAACAUCACAAUUGACUGACCUUGAAGACCUGCUCCUUGCCGAGGCGUGCCAUGGCUUUCCUGUCGGCCAAGGUGCCAAUCCUGUCAUCGACGACGACAUCAUCCUCCUGGUCGUCGCGGAAGUCGACGGCGUAAUCGGCUGAUUUGUCCAUGGCUGACAUGUUGAUGGCUGCUGCAAGGCUGCUGCAAGGCUGCUACAAACUUGACAGGAUCUCACAAGGAGUGAGGGAAGAGAAAGAACAAUAUAGGCUCGGGGAACAACAGAAAAAGAGAAAGAAAAGAAAGGGGGCGUUCUUGCUCGGGAGUUGGUGGAGUCGGCAGUCAAAAACGUGGCCCGGUCCAGAAACACCAAGCUCCAAAGAACUCCUAGCGAGCCCCGACCUGCCCUGCAGAGGACCAGAGGUCGCCUGUUGUCUGUAGAGGCAGGGAUCAGCCCACGAGGUCUUUACGCGAUGCCACUGGUACCUUCGUUGGGAAAGAGUACAGUAGCGGUUUAUUCCUGCUUGAACUAAGAGGCUCCCUUUCACUGGAGCACUUAUCCACCUACUGGCAAAAAACAGCAGCAACAAAGGGUUGGUCAACCAAAGUCUACCUCUACCAGACCUCGAGGGCGGUAAGUGCUGACUCUCGACUUGGUAACUCCACUUGGGGGCACAGUCUCGACAGGAUUGUUCGACCUGUCCUGGGCGCGAACAGUGGCUAGCAGAGUCGGUCGUCAACCUAACCGAAAGGAGACGAAAUGUAACAUGGACCAUGUGGUGAGAGAAACACUUUCCUACAGCCGAUGUGACUUGAGUCGGUGGCUAAACCGAAGUGGUAUCGUUGACCUGCAUGAUCCUUGCCAGCUUCACAUGGGAUGCACCUGUUUGCUUCCGUGUCGAGAAAGUUAUAUGGACUGGAAGCGACCUGUGGGAACCCCACAAGAUUGCUGAUCAUUUCUUUGGGGCGAAUGAUUCUGCCAGCCGAGGGGAACGGUUCCUUCGGCGGGUACAAUGUUGUAGGGUCUGGCUUCGUGAAAGGGCCAAUCAUCCACCGGAGGCAACAUAGCGUGGAGAAUACCCAGGCGCUAUGUUCGAGCCCAGAGGCGUUGCUGGUAAAUGGCCUGAAGGAACAUGAUUCAUCUGUCUGGCGACAGCGCUGAGAGACUCCGUUGAUGUGCUCGGACCGGCGGCAAACUAGGCAGUGAAGGCUUUGACUGACAUGUCUAGGGCUCGGAACGUUCCUGAUCGUCUCACCCGAUAUGUUUCUUUUGCGCCGCGAGUGCGUCGCGGAAACAGGGGAAGUGGAUCCGCAAAGUGUCAACAACUUUUAGUGCCAACACUAAAGGCUUGCCUUAGAGAAAGUCCAGACAUCCUCGGGCGGCCUCUUCCAACGCGGGCUCAUGCUUGGCUCAUGCUUGUGAGAAGGGGGCUUGCCCUUGUCGCAAAUCUCGGUUUAGGAAGAGGGGCCAGGCGCAGGAUUGCCCGGGUGGCUCUGUGGCCUGAUGCUGGCAAAGCUCCCAGAAACGGAAUUAGGACCAUAGAACCACGAUCACCAUCGUGGCAUCGGGGACGCAGUCGCAAUCACGCUCUAUCCACCAGGCACACACCCUCGUCGGGCGGUUCGUUCUCCUGCGCCGUGCCCAUGUUCGCAUUGGGUACCCCUGCCACCUCCAGGCUCGGCAGGGUUAAUGUUGCGAUCGUAGCUGACGGUAAGUGAGGACUUAAAGGUUAUCUUCGUCCAAGGUUCGAUCUACUCUCGGGUUACAAGUACAGAUGCCGCACGUCAAGGCUACACUCUACUUGCAACCAUACACCUCAAAAUCAGAGCCAUGGCAGACGCACCGCCCAGCAAACCGCCUGUCUACGGGCCGCGUCUCUAUGAGCUGACCGAAAAUGACAAUCGUGGGAUCGUCUUGACAAUGGCGAUAUUGUUUAUGGUGUACAGCUUCAUGGUGCUUGGGAUGCGCCUGGCUGCCAAGUACAAAAGUAUGGGUGUGGAGGAUUGGAUGUCCAUUGUUGCAACCGGCUUCGCCGUGCCACAGUUUAUAACUGUCAUUGUGGCCACAGUCGAUGCCGGCUUCGGGGAGACCUAUUCGCUCAUUCCUCCUGACAAUGCUGGCAUGGUCGCACGGUGUAUUCGUGCGAGUGACGUCUUGUUCUUGCUGUCGCUCUGUAUCAGCAAGGUUUCGGUCAUUUGGUUUGCCCGGCGUCUGUUCGCUUCCGGACAGCAUAGCAGACAUCUCGCCUGCGAAGUGACGAUGGGAGCGAGUGCAUUAUGGUGUCUCGGAUCCAUUUUGGGAGUUACGGUGGGAUGUGAUGCUAGGGAAGUGAUACACAUUAACGGCAAGACGUGCUCAAGCCUGGUUUCUCGAUGGGCUGCUGUCGGAGUUAUCGAUGCGCUGCUCGAGGUAGUGAUGACAUCGCUUGGUGUGAUGGUGAUUGUCCCUCUACAAAUGAGUUGGAAAAGAAAGCUGCAGGCGAUGACCUGUUUUACACUGCGACUCCCAAUCAUUGUGCUUAUCGCGAUGAACAUCAAGUACGUUGCCAACUUCAACCACGCGUCGAAUGCCGGGAUUGCUCUUAUAUCUCCCGUACUCUUCCGCCAGUCGGAGCUAUUCUACUCUCUUUUGAGUGCGGCUAUCCCGUCUCUCAAUCAAUACCUACGCAAGUUCGACACCAGGAAUGCCGCACAGUUUGGUUAUACUCCGGACCAAUAUGCGUACAGUGGACAGGCCUAUCAGCUUGAAUCCAUGUCGAGAAGCAAGAAUCUCACUACGACGAGCAAUGGAAUGGGAGGGGACAACGGCCCUGGCAAGGCGGACGAGGUCUUGGGCGUCAGUACUGGUUUCAACUUUAGCAAUGUGGGAUAUUCGAGAUAUCAGACGCGGGUUGAAGGGCCAGCCAACGGCAAGAGCCACGAUGGCACCUCCAAUGACUCGCAGGAGGCCGAGUCGAUCGGAAGGUCCAAUAGCGAAGAGCAUAUCAUUCGCAAGGACGUUGUGUACGAGGUACGAAGGGAGGAUUGAGAUGGGGUAGAGGAUACGGAUACGAUUGAACCUCAGGAGCUUGUAGACUAGAGCUGUAUAAUGAAAAGAGAUAUCACGACUUUGACCUCCUCUAGUCGGCAAGAUGAGCCCGACACAGGCAGUCCC